UAUACAUAAAAUAUUCAUUUUAAAAAUUAAAUCAAAAAAAAAUUUAAAUUACCUUAAAUUUUCCAACUAGAACGCAAAAUACAAAACAAAAUAGAAAACAAGAAAACAACACUAUUACAAUUUUGAAAAGAACAUCAAACAAAAUCGAAAAAAAAAAACAAACAACAAGAACAUAAGAACAAAAAACAAUUACUGUUAUUAUUGUAAAAGGCAAGAGAAAAAAAAAUUUUAAGAGAAAAUUUUUUUUCUUUUAUAUUUCAAGGAAAAUUUCAUAUAAAUAGCAUCAUGCGUCAAAAGGAUAUUAGACCAGCACCAGCCCGAAUUGAAUUUAAAGGGAUGCAAUUUUUAAUAACAGAUCGGCCUUCAGAUGUUAAUAUACAACAUUACAUUGUGGAAUUAAAAAAACAUAAUGUAAGCACUGUGGUACGUGUCUGUGAGCCAAGCUAUAAAACUGAUGAGCUAGAGAAUCAAGGUAUAACUGUUAAAGAUCUAGCUUUUGAGGAUGGAACUUUUCCACCACAAAAAAUUGUUGAUGAAUGGUUUGAAAUUUUAAAACAAAACUAUUCACAAAAUCCAGAAGCUUGCGUUGCAGUUCAUUGUGUAGCUGGUUUAGGACGUGCCCCAGUUUUAGUUGCUUUAGCAUUAAUUGAAUUGGGCCUCAAAUAUGAAGCUGCUGUUGAAAUGAUACGAGAUAAAAGAAGGGGAGCUAUUAAUGCUAAACAACUAUCAUAUUUAGAAAAAUAUAGGCCAAAAUCUCGACUAAAGCACAAAAAUGGUCACAAGAAUUCGUGCUGUGUGCAAUAGAUAUCAAAAAUUCCCACCAGAUGCAGUGUUCAUUUUAACCGAAAAUAUAAUUGAAAAAACAAAAAAAAAAUAAAUAAAUAAAUAAUUAAUUAAAAAAAAAAUAAAUAAAUAAAUAAAAGAAAAUUAAAAAAUUAUAUAAAAAUAAUAUGGAAAAAACAAAAAAGAAAAAAUAAAAUUUAUUAAUUAUAUAAAAAAUAUAAAAAGAAUAUCUACAUAUACAAUAUAUAUAUAUAAAUAUUUAAUAAAGUAAAUUGAGAAAAGAAAGAGAAUAAAAUUUUAAAGUAAAACAAAAUUUAAUGUAAAAUUUCACAAAAUAUUUAAAAUUAUGUAAAAAUUUUAUUUUUUCUUUUACAUUUAAAAAAUAUAUAAUUUUUUUUUUCCAAUUUUAAUUUUGAUAUUCUUGAUUAAAAAUAGAAUAAUUAAUGGAUUUAAAAUGGCAUUGUAUUUAAAAAAAAAAAAAUGAAAAUUUUAUUUUAUAAUUUUAUUUAUUUUUUUUUUAAUUGUAAAACAAAAUUAAACAAAAAAAUUAUUCUUAAGAAUACCAUAAACAAAGAAAUUUUAUGAGAAAGAUGGGAAACCAAUUAACCAAAAAUUUUUUUUUGUUUUUACUUGACUAUCCUGCAGAACGGGAUUGAUUUGAAGAUUUUUCUUCAGAUUGUUAAUAUUUUGAUGGUAUUUUUAAAUUUUUCUUAUAACAAGAGAAAUUUAACUAUUAAUUUUCUUUUAAAUAACAAAUUUUAUUUUAAAUAUAAAAAGAAUGCAUAAUUGUUUUCUUAUACUUAAUACCCAAACUCCAUGGUAUAUGGGCGCUUUUACAUAUUUUUUAAAUCUAACAUUUUCAAAUAUUUCUAUUACUUAAUCAAGAAUUUCAUACUUAAAAUACAAUAUAAAAAAAUUCAUACUUGUUUUUAUUUAUGUUUUUUUUUUUUUUUAUUUAAUUGGGAAGAAUAAAAGCCAAUAAAAAAAUGUAUAUUUAUUAAAUUUAAUAAAUUGAAUAUAAAAAAAAUAUGUAGUAAAAAAAAAAAAUACAGAAGAAAUGAAGAAGAAAAUUUUUUAAUUUUUAAAGUAAAAUAUUUUUUAUAUUUUAUAACAAGAAAGAAGAAAAAUUUAAAUUAGUUUAAAAAAAAUAAAUAUAUAUAUAUAUUCUUUCUUUUCUUUCUUUGUUUUAAUGUUGUAUAAUUUAAAAAUUGAACAUUUAUAAAAUGAUAUUGUAAUAUUUGUGCUUUUUUUUUUAAUUUUAAUUAUGAUUUGAUUUUUAUGUAUUUGUAAAUUAUUAAAAAAACCAACAAAAAAUUAAAAUAAUUAUGUAUAAAUAUUUAGAACACAAUUUAAAUAUAAAAAACAUUUCAAAAAAAUAAAAAACUAUAAAAUAAAAAAUAAAAUAUUGUAAAGACCAGUAAAAAUACAAAAAAUUUUUACCAAAAUAAAUAAAAAAAAAAAAAGUUUUGUUAAAAAUAUACUUAUAAAAUUCAAAAAAUAAAAAAAAAACAAAUUAGGUUUUCUAUAUUUAAAUUUUAUUGAUAUAACUAUAUAAUGAUAAUUUAAUAAAAUAACAAAAAAAUAUAUUGCAAAAUAAUUUCCUCUUCUAAUAAUCUCUAAAAAAAAAAAAACUAACAUCUCUCAAAGAUCAUCAAAGAUUUCAUAAAGAUUGAAUUAAUGUACAUAAUUAAUAAUAUAAAAUAUAUUUACAAAAUAAUUAAAUAUUUAGAUUAUAUUUUUGUUUUAAAUUUGUAUGAGAAUAUUAAUGAAAAUUUCAAAAAAUAAUAAUUUAGAAAUUUUAUUGUUAAUAUUAAUUAAAAUAUUUCGAUAAAUUUUAAUAAUAUUUGAUAAUUUAUAAAUUUAAAAUAAAAUUAAUCAUGAAUUAAAAUUUUUCAAUUUAUAAAAUUAUAAUUAUAAAAUUAAAGCCAAAAUAAAAAAUAUAAUAUAAUUUUAUAAUAGUUAAAAUUCAUUAAUCAUUAAACAAGAAUUUUUAUUAUCUCUAUAAUGAAUUCCAUUCGUAGAGUCCUACAAAUUACGAACAUAAGUAUAUCGUCGUAGACUUUUGAUUGAUUAUAAAUUCCUUUCGUAGAGAUUAUUAAUCACAAAUGGCAGUAUCAUUUUUCGGAAUAUUAAAAUCAGUAUUUUAUUUCAACUAUCAAAUAUUUAUUUAUAUAUUUUCGUUGCUAUUUCAAUAAACAACUAUUAUCUAAAGUUUUUCAGUUUUCUUAAAUUUUGAAUAACUUUUUUUUUUUUUUUUUUUUUGGCAACAUGAAUUCAUUUCUUUACAUGGCAUCUAUAUUAGAGUAAUUCAAACUCAAACAAAAAAAAAAAUUCAAAAUUUGAAAAUUUAGUACAAUCAAUUAAUACUCUUUUAAUUUAUGAAAGUAAUUUUUACUACGAACGUAAUUUAUGAUUCGUAAUUUUCUGAAUUUGAAAGCUACGAACGAAAUUUAUGAUAGGGUUGAAUUUAUUAUUCAAUACAUUAUGAUAAAUUAAUAUUCAUUUUUCAAACAUGAUCAAAAACAAAUAAUUAAUAAAUAGUUAAAAAUAAUGAAAUUGAAAAUAUUUUAUUUAAAAACAAUUUUUCAUGAAUCAUGAAUAUAAAACAAUUUCUUAUUAAUAAGUAUUUAAUUAUUAAUAAGAAAUUGUUUAUGAUUAUUUUAUUUAACAAUUGCUUAUUAGUAAUUAUUUAACAUGGCUUCAAUAUUAGAGUCAUUUUAAUAAUAGAAUUUAGUUAUUGAUAUAAUAAAUAAAAUAGAAAAUAUUUCUAAAAUUUUUUUAACUAUAUUUGCAUCAUUAUUAAUUAAUUAAAAAUAAAUUUACUGACAUUCUUCAGUUUUAUUCAUUUUUUGAAAUGAAAUAAUUCUAUAAAAGAAGCAUUAUUUAAAGAUAAAAAAACACAGGGAACUCGCAAAUUAAAAUGCAUUUAGUUUGUUUUUUUUUUUUAUAUUCGUUAUAAAAGUAAAAUAUUUUAAAGUCAUUCUUUAAAAUUGUAUUUUGUCUGCCGAAUCGUUCCUUUUUGUUUAUUUAAGUUUUAUCAUCUUUUGGAAAUGAAAACUAUUUUAAUAUUUGAAAGUAUUUAUAUGAAAUUCCGAUGAAAAAUUUAAUAAAAUUAUAAAAUAACUAAAUAGUAAAUAAAAACUGACUGAAUUUAUAAUUUUUAAAUUUUUGUGAACAAAAAUAGAUGAUGCAAUUUAAAAAAAAUUAAAAGCAUUGAUUCCAUCAACUUUAUGAAAUCUUUAUGAAAUAAAAAUAAAAUAGAAGAAAUAAUUACAAAAACCGCAUGAAUUAAUAUUAUUACAUAAUUUCGUACUUAAUUUUAUUAGUUAUUUUUGUACAAUUUCUAAUUAUCAUUUACUUUUCAAAAUAAAAAUUUUUUCAUUUAUUAUUUAAAAAUUGCAAAAUUUAAGAAAACAAAAAUAUUCUCUCUAAUAUUCUCAAUUUUAUUUGUUAUUAUUGUAGGAUUUUUAUUCAUUCUCAAUUUCUAUUUAAACAGACAGUCAUCGUGAACUAGAAAUUUGGAAGUACACAUUUUUUUUUUUUCGUAAUUAACAAAAAUCUUAUGAUUUUUUACAUUUAUCACAUUUUGACAUUUAAAUUUUUUUAUUCUCUUGUCUUUUUAAAUAUUUGUAAAAAAAUAAAGACUAUUUUGUAAGGUAGUAGAUGCCGUUCAAACUGGCAACUAUUUUAUCCGACUGAAAUUACCCGAUCGAGCUCAGACUAUACAUUCAAAUUCCCUUAUUUGAAAUCUCACUCGUACCACUGAAAUUCGGAGAAAUUACGAAUUUCAUAUUGUGAAUUCCGAAUUCCGAAAUUCGUAAUAGAGUAAUUAUUUAUCAUACUCGUAAUGAAGAUAAAUGUCAAAAUUCUACUAAUGAAAUUUUCGAAACGUGUAGAAAGUCAGUAUUCAAGACAGUUAAAAUUUUUUUUUUGUUAGUUUUUAUUUAUUUGUUGAAUUUUUUUUCAUGUAAAAGAGGAGGAAAUGCAAGUAUUUGUUUAGAAUUUAUUUUAUUUAUGUUAUAUUAAAAUUUUCUUGAAGGAAAACGAAAAUUUUUUUUUUUUUUUUGAUUGUCUAUUGUUUUUGGAAAUGUCUAUUAUUUUUUGAUAAGUGUAUUUAUUUUUUUUAAAUAUCUACUAUGAAAUUUGAAAAAUUUAAAAAAAUUUAAAUUUGACAACUUUGACAAAUGAAUUUGAAUAAUGUUGCCAUUGUAGAUUUAUAAUCUGUACGAGUGAGAUUUAUAAUUACUCAAAAGUCUACAUGCGUAACUUAGUAUAAAAUUCGUAGAAUUUAUACUCGAGUGGAAUUCACAAUAAAGGUGAUAUGUCAAAGUGUGAUCUCUUUAUUUAUAAAAGCUCUAUAUGUAUCUAAAUAGUAUUCCUUCCAAUUCAAUAUUUGUGCUGUAAAUUUUUGUUGUUUCAUUAUUAUAAAAUUGUUUCAAAUUAUUAUACACACGUAUAUGGAAUUGAGAAUAAUUGCUAAUUCCUAAAAUUUGUGAAUUUCUAAAUACAAUUUCUCACAAAAGUGUUGCGAUAUAAUUGAGAAUAGAAGUGAAUAUUAUUUGUUCAACAAAAAAGAACGUAAACUAGAAAAUUUUGUAAUUUAUAAAUAUUAAAAUGCAAAAAUUCAAAAAUUUUACAAAAUAAAAUAAAUUUUCAUUCAAAAUCAAAUUAAAUAAUUCAUUUAUACAAAAAUGAAAUAAUCAAUAAUUUCCAAAUACAUAAUAUACAUAAGUAUGUAAAAAUAAAGUAUAUAAUAUAAAAAAAAAAUUAUUUUCAUUAUAAAAAUAACAAUAAUUGACUUAAUUUCUUCAUCUUCUACAAAAAAAAAAAAAUUCUACAUCAAAACAAACAAGAGAUUCAAUAAUAUUAUUAUAAAAAAAUAAAAUAUUUUACAAAAUGCAUAAAUAAAUGAAUAAAAAUAAUUGUGAACAAAAAAAAAAGCAAGUAUAAAAAUUAUUAAAAAAUUAAUAAAAAAAAAAAUGUAUAAAAAUAAAAAAAAAAACCAUUUUCAAAAAAUAUUUUCUCGUAAAAAUAACACUUUAUUUAAGUGUGGAAAUACUUAAAAUAUAAAGAAAAGAAAAAAUGUUAAAUUAAAUUAAAAAUAAAUAAAUAAAUAAAAAUAAAACAAAAAAAAAAUGAAGAUAAAUACUUUUUAAGAAAAGAAAAUAUAAAUUAAAUUUAAUAAUAAAUCAGAAAACAGAAAACAAAUAAACAAUAAAUAAAUAAAUAAGUAAAAAUCAAGAAAUCAAGAUAUUUUCGAAAUAAAAUUCAAAAAAUUACAACAACUAUUUAAAAAUGAAAUGCGAAAAAUAUUAAAGUAUAAAAAUAAAUAUUCGAAAAUAUAUAAACUAAAAUAUGAAUAUAUAUAUAUAUAUAUAUAUAUAUAUAAAACAAAUUAAAUUAUUUAAUAAGUGCUUAUCUUUUCUAUUUCUAUUUAUAAUCCAUAAAAGAAAAAUCUAUUAUGUUUUCAGAAAUUUUAAAACAUUUUAAAAAUAAUAAAAACAAAAAAAAAAAAACAUAUUUAUAAAAAAAAAAAAAAUCAUUAAUUUUUUUUUUUUCCAAGAUUUUGUUUUUGUUUGUUAAUUAAUUAAUUAAUUAAUUAAUUAUAUUAUCAAGGAGUAAAACGGAAUUAAUUCCAAAAAAAAAAGAGUUCCCACCCACUGUUAUUCUCACUUCAAAUGUGAUCGAUGUGAAUAUUAAUUAAAAAUACUGUAAAAUCUGUCAUAGUCGACGAAUCUUGUAAUAGGAAACGAAAAUUUGUCAUUGUCGUCAAAAAAAAAAAAACAAAAAAACGUUAAAGAACAUAAGCUAAACGGGAAGUUUAACUAGGCCGAGUUAAAUGGAAAAGAACACCAACAAAAAGCCUUUCGAAUGUGAAGCUUUCGAAAGCCUCUAAAAAAUUACUAUAAAAUAUAGGAGCUUAAAAUUUAAACAUUUCUGUAUUGUUUUGACUUGGAGAUGACUUGGACAAACACUAGAAUCGAUUUUUUUUUAAAAUAACUUUAAUUUCAUAAAUAUCACGGAGAAAAGUAUAAAUGCUGUAAAGGUUUGAAAGUUUUAAUUUUUAAUAAAAUUUAAUAAAACCGGUAUAAGCUGUGAAAACAUUGAAAAAAAAAACUUCAGUCCAAUUCCUCCUCUGACAAGUGUUAUUAUCUAUUGAAA